AUGUAUCACUACCAUGUUCGUCUUGUCCUGGUGACCUUGGAUUCCAGCCAUGUACCUCAGCACCUGUUCGACCCAUUACCAGCUACGCUGCAAUGUGCAAAAGACACGCAUUCCUUCAAGCACAAGUUAAAGACAAAGCUUGUUCGUUCUCACAAAUCGCGUGGCAAACCACGGGUGCCAGGCUCCAGACCCAAUGCACCACCCACACCCAUACGAUCAGCCAAGCAAUCGCACCCACCUCACUUGACCGAUUACCCUGAUUUCCGCUUGGGCUCAAUAUCUGUCGAGUCGUUUCGUACCAAGGGUGAUAGCAAAGUACAGGAACAUUGUACUACCGAUUGUGGAUAUGGCAUAUUGCAUGUGUAUCGAGACACCCACGACAAGCAACAACAAUCCUCCAAUGCGUCACCGCACUAUGCGUGUAUCCUUGCCGUACCAUCAUUUAUGCAACUCGACGACCUCUUCCAUUUUAUACGUGAUACCCAUUGCGAGUACCGUGUGAUCAGGGAUCAUGCGCCAAACAAGUACACCGUUAUUCUCAAGUUUAAUACAUCAAAGGAGGCACAAGACUUUGAACAAAAGUACAAUGGCAAGCAAUUCAAUGUAUCCGAGCCUGAAAUAUGCCACGUUGUCUUUUUGGAAGAAGCUCCCAUACUCGAUGCCAUGGUGAUUGACAAAAAGUCGCUGCCGCUCUCAUUACAUGACACCCUCAAACAUGAUCAACAACGCCCAGAUCGCCAUGAAUUACCCACAUGCCCUGUAUGCUUGGAACGCAUGGAUGACAAUACAACAGGCCUACGCACCAUUGUAUGCGAGCACAAUUAUGAAUGUUAUUGCUUGAGUAAAUGGGGAGAUACUGAUUGUCCUACUUGCAAGUAUUCUCAAAAGCCUGUUCCUGAAGGAUCGAGUGGAAGCAAGCGAUCUGUGCUCAAGCCAGUAGCAGAGAGUGAUGAUACCAAUGAGUGCUUUGUGUGUGGAGCCACGGAUAGCUUAUGGAUUUGCAUGGUGUGCGGUCACAUUGGAUGUGGACGAUAUCAGGAUGCACAUGCUUAUGAUCAUUACAUGGAAACCAAGCACAUCUAUGCCCUUGAGAUCGAGACGCAGCAUGUAUGGGAUUAUGUUGGAGAUGGGUACGUGCAUCGACUUAUACAAAAUACGGAUGGCAGCUUGGUAGAACUUGAGAGUUCGGCAGCAACAGGAUCCGAUGAUCGAAGGAAACGGGUCACAUCCCAGGACAAGAUGGAAAUGGUUUCCCAGGAAUAUUCUCAGUUGCUGAAUUCACAACUUGAGUCUCAAAGGAUGUACUACGAGGAACAAGUGUCACACAUUGAAUCACAAAUCUCGUCGUUGAAAGCCCAGAAAAAGAGCAUUCAUUCGGAUAUCAACAACAUCAAGUUGGACAAUGAAAAUCAACAGCGAAGGAGUGAUGAAUUGGACAAAGAGUUGGCGGAUGUUCAACGAGAAAAAGCAAAGCUUGAGCGGCGGCUGGAAAUGGCAAAAGCAAAAUCAGGCGAUAUGGAAAAGGAGUGGAAGGAAGAAAAAGAGAUGAUGGAUUCGCUGAAACGGAACAAUGAAUUGCUGAAAAAGGAGCUUGAUGAGCAGGAUCAGCUUGUGGACACCCUGAAUGAGCAUAUACAGAGUUUGAUGAAGCUUCUCGAAAGCCCAGAUGACGUGGCCAACAAGCAAACCAUUGUGGAUGCAGCUUUACGCACUGUUGGACUUGUGAACAAAUCAACGUCAACAAACCAAGCAUCAUCAUCAUCAACAACAACAUCAUCAUCAUCUCGGACACCGGGGUCUCGAAAGAAAGGAAAGAAAAAAGUGACUCGAUGA